CCCUCCCCUCUCCACACAGACCACCACCUCCUCAUUCCCCAAUGGAUGGCACCGCUGACACCUUCCUCCGCCAGGCCUGUGGGCCGCAUGACGGUCUGACCACACCUCCACGCCAGGCUCGUAAAGCCCCAGGAUGUGUAUAAAUAAGGGAGCAGGAGGAGCAGAAGAACCAGAAGCUGAUCAGACCAGAUGAAGAUGGAGCUCGUCGGGGUUAACUGGGUUCUUGCCGCUGCAGGUUUCUUUCUGUGGACCAGCGUUGGGUCUGCUGCUCCCAUGGUGUGCCACUAUAACUCCAGAGCACUGUGUGAGUUCCAGGGGAAGAACUACUCGCUGGGGGAAAGCUGGAUGGAUAACGCCUGCAUGCAGUGCACCUGUCUGCACCCUGUGGGAGUCGGCUGCUGCGAGACGGUGCAGCGGCCGGUGGACUUCCCCGCGUGGUGUGAGCUGCGUGUGGAGCAGCUGACCUGCAGCGUGUCCCUGGUCCAGACAGCCGACCCCCGCCUGCCCUGCUCCCCCGGGGAGGGCAUGAAGGACCCCGGCCACGGCUCCUUUGAUCUGAAGCAGCAGCAGCUCGACUGGUAGAAGCCAUCUCAGACACCGCUACCUGUUCAAGCUGUUUGCUGUGGAACCAGUACUCACUAGGGUUACAUACCAGUAACCACUUUAUUCACAAACUGUAUCAAUAUAAGACAUAACA